AUGGAAAAGUUCUUGGUGUGUUUCUUUUUGUUGGCAGUGAUUGGAGUGCUAGAAGUUCAUGCCACCAGAGAAUCAUAUCAACAACAACAGAAGAAUGGCCGUAGAAAGCUUUUCGUUUUCGGAGACUCGUAUGUUGAUACUGGGAAUACACCAAAAUUCUUAGCUAACUCGUGGAAAGAACCCUAUGGGAUCACAUUUCCUGGUAAACCUAGCGGUCGGUUCUCCGAUGGACACAUCCUGACUGAUUACAUUGCUUCGUUCCUUGGCAUAGGAUCUCCAUUGCCUUAUCAAAGCUGGAAAUCUGGUGGGAAAUCGAUACAAGAUGGUAUUAAUUUCGCUCAUGGUGGGAGCGGUGUCUUCAACACAAUAUAUUUCCAACCAAACAUGACAACCCAAAUCGAUUACUUCCGACAGGCUAUCAAACAAAAAAUAUACAGCAAACAAGACCUAAACUCCUCUAUCGCCUUGGUAUCCCUUGCUGGAAACGACUAUGCAACUUAUCUGUCACAAAAUGGGACUCUACUGGUGAGUGGUUAA